UGUAAGGGUAUUUGUUGUCAUGAAAAUAUGGCCGACGAGGAGGAACAGGAACCAAAUGAAACGUCAGAGAAUGUCGAAUUCCAAACCGAGCGCUCGGUCAGACAAGCCAAAAAGAAUGCAAGACUUACUCAAAUUAUCCUCAAGAAUGAAAGAAAUGCCACAACAAGACUUGUUUCUGGAAUUUUAAAGAAAGCAGCAAAUGAACGAACAACAGAUGAAAUAGAUAUUUUAGCGAAAUCUCCAGAACUAACAUUAAGAUUACAGAAAUUAGCAAAGAAAAGAGAUGCAGCAAAAUCAAGACAUCUUGAGGUUGAGGAUCCAGAGGAUGAGUUACAGUACAAGUGCCAACAACUUGCUGAAGCCAUUAGAACCUCAAACAGUGUAGUUGUUUACACAGGUGCUGGAAUAAGCACUGCUGCCUCCAUUCCUGACUACAGAGGACCAAAUGGGGUAUGGACAUUGCUACAGAAAGGACAGCAGCCAGAAGCCCAAGACCUAAGUGAUGCUGAGCCUACUAUCACCCAUAUGUGCAUUACCCAACUUUACAGAAAUGGCCAUGUAAAGCAUGUUGUCUCCCAAAACUGUGAUGGCCUCCAUCUGCGUAGUGGAUUUCCCAGGAAAUUCCUAUCAGAGGUGCAUGGAAACAUGUAUAUUGAGGUAUGCAAUCACUGUAAGCCUCAAUCUGAGUAUAUUCGUCUGUUUGACGUCACUGAGAAAACAGGAGUUAGACGACACAGCACUGAUCGGUCAUGCCACAGCUGCGGGAAACCAUUGAAGGACACCAUUGUUCAUUUCGGGGAAAAGGGUGGGCUGAAAUCUCCAUAUAGGUGGAAGGAGGCUGCAAAAGCUGCCAAUAACUGUGAUAUUAUUCUUUGUCUGGGAACCAGUUUAAAAAUCUUAAAGAAGUAUCCAUGUUUGUGGUGUAUGGAUAGGAGACUUCAAAAACGACCUAAACUGUACAUAGUGAAUCUCCAGUGGACUCCUAAAGACGACACAGCAACUCUAAAAAUAAAUGGUCGCUGUGAUGAUGUCAUGAGAAGAAUUUUUGAGAUACUUCGAAUACCUCUCCCAUCAUACAACAGAGUGGAAGAUCCUAUUUUCACCGCGUACUCACCUCUCCGAAGAAAUGAAAAACUUUCUACUUCAAAGAAAAUACUCAAAGUACCAAUUAUCAUUCAAAGGAGGAAGAACAGACGGCCGCAGAAAAAGGAAAUGAACACUGUUGAUGUGCCAAAAGAAGAACCACUGAAGCAGGAAAUGUCUGUUGACCCAGUGACCCCUGUUGACCCUUUGACCGUGAACUGCACAGUGACAAGAACAGGUCAUGUCCAACAACCCAUGUCCCCUGCAGGCUCUGGGACCAGACCUUCCCCGUUACUUAACCCCAACAACUACUUGUUCCCUCCUACCCCUCCUUUCAUGAAUGGAACUAGUCAACUACCAUUCAUGCAACAGGUUUUUAAUAUCAAUGCACUAUUACUUGCCGCAAAUCUUCAACGUAUGUCUGGUCAAUUUUCAAGCAGUGCUUGUGAGAAGUGUAGGAUGAGACUAGAUCCUAAUUGUCAGUGUGCUAGAACUUUGCCUCAGGGACUUGGAGGACCCUUUCCAAGAUUUCCUCCCUUUCUUCCAUUCCUGCCACAACCGGCAUUGCUGGAUCAAUUCAGGAUGGGCAUGCCAUCUGUCUUGCCCCUGUGGCAUCCUCCUCCUCAGGGAAUGUAUCAGACUCCUUCUACAAGUAGUAGUACUUGUAGCACACCCUCUUAUAGGGUGCAGACUGUGCUAAAUGACCAUUGCUACCUCAACAAAGCUCAAAUGCAAAAAUUGUCUCCUCAAAGUAACGCAUCAUCUGCACCUGUCUCACCCAUACAUUCACCGAAACAGAACAAAGUCAAGCAAACCAAGUCUUCCUGCAACGAGAAAUUAAACCUCAGGAGCAAGGUGUUGGAAUCCCCCAAGUCUUCCCUCAAACAAAGUCGGACUUAUACUUCUUCGGUGAGGUUUUCUUUAGAGAGUCCUAGUUCCAGUGAAGAGGAUGAAAAAGACUGUCUUCGGCUGGACUUGUCAGAUCCAGGCAUCAAAAGGGAAAAUUCUGACUCGCCACUAGAUAAAGAGGACCUAAGCGAUGACAAAUCAAAAAUUGCUGUGAUAGCAAACGACAACUUGACCUUGGGUAGAUCCGUUUCUGAACAAAUCCUCAACAAUAAGACUGACGGUGAGGAACCAGAGGUUCCAAGUCGGAAACGCAAAAUUGUAAGAAGUACCUCAGUACCAGGAUGGUUCGGAAAGGGUCUGAAUUUAAAAAAGAAAAGAAGAUUUUAAGCAGUGGAGCUGUUAUUAGUCAAGUGAACAUUUUUUAAUGUUUUGCAUUUUUUGAUUGAAUUUUGUUUUUUUGUCAGCUACUAUACAUUUCAUGCAGGUGCAAUAUUUCCCCCCUUUCAAAAAUGAAGUAUAUUUUUGCUUAUCACUCUGGGUAAUUUGGAUAUUUCACAACAUGAUCUCAUGAUAAUUUUUUGGUAUGAAGACUGAUGUUCUUGGACUUAGUCAAUCAAGAGAAGAAGAUAUUUAUGUACCAUUUUGUAUGCAUGCAUUGUACUUUUGACCUUUUUUUCAUGUACAUUUUCUUUCUUGUUGUAGAUGUAUUUAAACAAAUUUGUUGCUUUUGUAGUGAAAUUUUUGAAUGGUUUUGGGUCACACUGGCAUUUUUUUCCUGUGUGCACGGUGGUAUUUAAAUAGGCCAAUUCAGCAGAUGCUGGGUUUUUCACUUAACCUUUUGAAAUUACUGGAUUCGCUACUAAUGACGAGUUUGUGUUAUAAAAUCCUCAACAGAAAUACACUUUAAACCUUUUGCACAACUAAAUUGUAGUUCUGAAAAAUUAUCCUCAAGUGCUGUUUACUAUAUAACUAUAUAAUCUUAAAAAUCUAUGUACUGAUAUUUAAAUAUGUACACAUCCAAAUCAUUCCAGUCUUAAAUUCAAAGAUACAGGUACGUGUAGUUUAUUUUGAUUUCACAUAUUAUUUUCACAUAUCAUUUAAAGGCCUGAGUGAGUCUAGCUCACUUGAAAGUCAGGUGAGCUUUUUUGAAUAGAAUCUAUUCAUUUGUUGGUUUUCAACAAUAAUUCUUUUAUUUUUGAAGUGAAUGUUGGAGGGGUGAUAAAGAAAUACAGUGUAUUUCUUCAUUUCCCAGAACCAUACAUACUUUAAAGCAAUAUGAGCUGUAUUUUUUAGAAUUUUAUUUUGAUGCAAAAACCUGCUAGUAUGAUAAGUCUGGAUAUAACUUAAACUUUUAUGAUAAAUAAGGUUUGAAAAAAAAAUCAUUAAUUUUUGUCAAAGGAAAUAUUUUUCUUCUAAGGAAUAUAUAGCAAAUCAAUUUUUGUACAGGACGACAGUAAUUCAAUUUUGCUCCAAAUAAGGCUUCUUAACGGCCUUUUCCACAAAAAUAUGGCGAACAGAAACUUUAAAACCAUGAUAUUUUUGUCACUUUAGUAGAAAAUAACAUUUAAGUAAAAAAAAAAAUUUAACAUGAAAAAUGCAGUUCAUAUUGUUUUAAAUCAGUAUUUGAAUUUAUAGAGCUGAAUUUUUAAUUUGAAAAAAUAUAUUUUUGUCUCUUGAUCAAAGCUACCUUUUUGUUUAAACUCUGAAAUGAUACAAAACUUUCGUAGAUUUUUUUUUUCAAUUAAAAGUAAACCUUUCAAUAUCUUAUUGAAUAUUUCUAAAGACAUAGAAACUUGUUUAUUGUUUUGGCAAUUAAAAACAAUAAAUAAAUCAAAAUUUCUACCUAGGAACUCCUAGAAAAAUUCAUUGUUCUGUGUGUUUCAUCAUUAAUAAUAGGAAUUUGCAAAUCAAAGCUUUUCCCAAAUGCACAAAAAGAGAGCGUAAGUAUUUGAUGCAAGGUUGGCAUGCAUAUAAGUUGUCCUUUGGCCAGUAGAACAAAUUUGUAUACUAUACGUAUUUUCACUUUUACUUUUUGUCCAGUUGAAGGAGUGUGUAGUGUCUUUUAUUCUGUGUCAAGUAAUGUUUAUGGGUGACAGACAUCACAAAUCAUGAUUUAAUUUAAUAAUGAUGAGUUUUGUUGACUUUUAAUUUUUGGAAAUAGAAAUUAAAAAAAAAAACCUCGAGUAUGGUC